AUCGAUCUCAUCACUCAACUCCGUCAUCCACUUAUCUAUCCCUUUUGGAACACAGAAAAGCCAGAUAAGUAAUGGCGCUAAAUCUCCCCAACACAUUUCUCCAAAUCAAGCCUUCUCUUCCCACUUCAUUCGCCACCACAAAGACGGUUACUGCAACGGGAGGGGGCUAUAGGCCACAGAUUACAUGCCGGAAAAAAGACAUCCACCCGGAAUUCUACGAGGAUGCUAAAGUUUAUUGCAAUGGAGAAUUGGUGUCGACAACAGGUGGAACCCAAAAGGAGUAUGUGGUGGAUGUUUGGUCGGGGAACCAUCCUUUCUACCUCGGAAACAGGUCGGCUGUACUUGUGGACGCGGACCAGGUCGAGAAGUUCCGUAAGAAGUUUGAAGGGUUGUCUGAGAUUAUGGAAAUUCCUGUGCUUAAGGGUGAGAUUGUUUUGCCCACUAAGAAGAAGUCAGCUGGGAAAGGCAAGAAGAAGUAGAUCCAUUGCUAGUAAUUUUAUUCGUUUUUCCUCCUUAUUCAAGGUUGUUAAUGAUACGGUAUUGAAAUGCUUGGUUUGUGUUUGAUAUUAUGCUUAAAUGAUAAAAAAAUGGUAUUUAAUCUUGUGGCA